AUGGAAAAACCCAAUCUAACAGUGCUGAACAAACUCAUUCUCACAAGAAGCACAGACCUUCCUGAGCUGCAGGCUCCAUUAUUUGGGCUCUUCCUCAUCAUCUACAUCAUCUCAGUGGUGGGCAACUUGGGCCUGGUCAUCCUCACCAAGAUGGACUCCAGGCUACAAACACCCAUGUACUUCUUUCUCAGACACCUGGCUUUUACUGAUCUCGGUUGUUCAACAACUGUGGGACCCAAAAUGUUAGGAAAUUUUGUUAUGAAUCAAAACACAAUCUCCUAUUAUUUUUGUGCCACACAGCUAGCUUUCUUUCUUGUGUUUAUUAAUAGUGAAAUUUUUAUUCUGUCAGUAAUGUCUUAGGACUGUUAUGUGGCCAUCUGUGACCCUCUGCUCUACACAGUCAUCAUGCCAAAAAGAGUAUGUUGGAUGCUGGUGGUAAUUUCAUAUCUUUACAGCACGUUUGCUUCUCUUUUAGUCACCAUAAAGCUUUUUAAUUUGUCCUUCUGUGGCUACAAUGUCAUUCAUCUUUUCUACUGUGACUGUCUCCCCUUGUUAUCUUUGCUCUGCUCGAACACACAUGAAAUUGAAAUGAUUAUUCUGAUAUUAGCAGGUUUUGAUUUGAUAUCCCUCCUGAUAGUAUUUGUGUCUUAUCUGCUCAUCCUUAUAGCCAUUCUCAGGAUGAACUCUGCUGAGGGUAGGCUCAAGGCUUUUUCCACCUGUGGAUCCCACCUGACAGUGGUCACAGUGUUCUAUGGGACUUUAAUAUUUAUGUAUGUGCAGCCCAAGUCCAGUCAUUCCUUUGACACUGAUAAAGUGGCUUCCAUAUUUUACACCCUCAUUAUCCCCAUGUUGAACCCCUUGAUCUAUAGCUUGAGGAACACAGAUGUAAAAUAUGCUCUACAAAGGAUGUGGAAAAAGCUAUGCAAUACCUUUUCUUACAGUUCACUGUCCAAUGUGAUGCCUAUAAAUUAG